AUGAAGUACCUGGCAAUGAAAAUCCUAUUGAUAAGCGACGUAAUACGAUUGAAACAAGUCGAACACGUUAAAAACGAGAAAAGGAUUCUGGAAGAAAUCCAGCAUCCGUUCAUCGUUAACCUUUGGUGCAGUUGGAAAGAUAAUUCUCGUUUGUACAUGUUGUUCGAUUACGUUUGCGGCGGCGAAUUAUUUUCCUAUUUGAGAAAUUACGGGAGAUUCAACACGACGACGGCAAAUUUUUACUCGUGUGAAGUGAUAUUAGCUUUAGAAUAUUUACACAGUCAAUCCGUCGUUUAUAGAGACUUGAAACCUGAAAAUUUACUUUUGGAUCAAGAUGGACACUUGAAAAUAAUCGAUUUCGGUUUUGCCAAAAAGCUAACGGAUCGAACGUGGACGCUGUGCGGUACUCCGGAAUAUUUAGCACCCGAAAUAAUACAAUCGAAAGGUCACAACAAGGCCGUCGAUUGGUGGGCAUUGGGUGUUUUGAUUUACGAAAUGUUAGCCGGUCAUCCUCCCUUUUUCGACAGUUAUCCAUUUGGAAUAUACGAAAAAAUAUUAGCUGGAAAAAUCGAAUGGUUCAGACAAAUCGAUCCCGUCGCGAAGGAUCUCAUUAAAAAAUUACUCGUACACGACAGAACGAAAAGAUUAGGAAACAUGAAGAAUGGAGCCGAAGAUGUAAAAAGGCAUAGAUGGUUUAAAGAAAUCGAUUGGACGGAAGUUUACUACAAACAGUUGAAGCCCCCCAUAUUGCCGCACGUCAAAUACGACGGAGACACGAGAAAUUUUGAAGAUUAUCCAGAAAGCGACUGGAAAUCGAAACCAUCCGUUGGAGAAUCCGAACUUAAACUCUUUGAAGAUUUUUAA